AUGAAAUCUAUAAAGAUAAAAACCUAUUAGUAUUAUUAAAAGAGCAAGAUUAACGAAGAUGCUUUAAAAUAAACAUUACCUUAUUGUGUAAAAAUUGAAAGUUCAUAAGAAGAUGAAAGAAAUGAUAUUCUGAAAUUAGAAUUCGAUAGAGAAAAUUGUAUACCUUUAAAUGAAGUGAUCAAAUAUGCUGUAAUAUUUAUUUAAAUCUAUUUUAUAGGAAAUUCUUUUACUAAGAUUAUAACAUGGAUAAAUAUUUACUAUUAUCAAACAUUUAUUAUCUUUAAUAGAAAAUCCUAUAUAUUCAAAUUAAAAUAUUUUUAUUUACAACAUUUGGUUAAUAUUUGAUUAAAAAUAGACACAAAGAUUUGUUCUAAAUGAACGAUGUGUAGCAGAUUUUUCAUUAUUUUAUUCAUUCCCUUUAAUAGAAAAAACUUAAUAAAAUUAAGAAUAAAUUAUUAAUAUAAUUACAACAAUCUUAAAAGUAUGUAAUGAUAUUCCAUCAAGCUAUUUUUUUUUUGGAUCAAAUAAACCUUUUAAAUUAUUCCUAAAAGAACUUAGUUUAGGAUUUAAUUAAUUUAGAUAACAAUUUCAUGAAUAUUAUAAUAAUAAUAAAAAUAUUGAUUAAAAAACUUAAACAGAUCUGAAUUUAGAUACAAAAGAUGAAUUUGUGGAAGAUAAAGAGAAUUAAAAGAAGAUUGAAAAACUAAUUUUAAAAUACAUUGAAAAAACCAACUUUAAUUCAUCUUUAAAAUCUAUUUUAAAUGAAUUAUUGAAAUAAUAUAAUUUUUAAUUAGGAUUAAAAGCUUUAAAUAUGUUUCAAUCCAAGGAAAAAGAUAAAAAAUAUGAAUUAUAACAUUUAACAAAAUUAUUUAAAUUUGAAUCAGAUGAAAAAUUGAAUUAAUUAAUAGAAUAAACUUUUAAGAAACAAAAUGAAAAAUAAGACAUACUAAAAUAAGAAAUCGAAUAUAAAGAAACUAAUUUAUUAAAAUAUAAUGAUUUAAAGCAAUUAUAUGAAGAAGCAGCUGUUAUUUAUUUUAAGCAUAAUGGAUAUUUUAAUGCUUUUGAUUAAUUUAUUGAAAUUACAGAAAAAAUCAUCAAUAACUAAUUAAUUUUUGAAGAAAAAUUCUAUUAUAUUAUAGAACCAUAAAUUAUUGAAUAUUAUAACGAUACUUUAUAUUUAAGAUAUUUAGAACACCUAGAUGACUAAUUAUGA